GGAAAAUCUAGGAUUUAUAUUCUAUGGUAUAAACGUCAAAUUUAACAACUAGUAUUUUUGAUUUUGAUAUAAAUAUAAAACAAAUGGCUCCGUACAGAUAAUAAUGACACAUUAUUUUAAAUACUGCAAAUUCUUAUGUGAUAAAAUGAAAUUUAAAAUCCGUUCCUGCUAGAAUUAAGCUAUAUGGCAGGAAUAAAUUGUCUUCUGUCAUUUUAAAGGUAUCAGUCAAAUGCAAAACACUCAAAUGGAAGCUGCAUAAUGGAUGAGAGGCAUAUACCCCUGUACUCAUUAGCUGAUGUGCAACUUCGAUUUUUGUGUCCCGAUGACUUAGAUGAGGUUCGAGCACUAUGCCAAGACUGGUUUCCAAUUGAAUAUCCUUUCUACUGGUAUAAAGAAAUCACAUCUAGCAAUAGCCGAUUCUAUUCAUUGGCUGCCGUCUAUAAUCAAACAAUAAUCGGACUUAUUGUGGCGGAGAUAAAACCACACGCCAAUCUGAAUGACGAAGAUGCUGGCAUCUUGGCCAAGUCAAUUGCCGACUCCGAUAUCGCCUAUAUUCUCUCACUAGGAGUGUUAAAACAAUACAGACGAAAUGGCAUCGCCACUUUAUUAUUAGAUUCGCUUCUCCGCCACUUGACCACCCCUGAGAGAAAACGAGUGAAGGCCGUGUUUUUACAUGUGCUAACGACAAAUUCGGCUGCCAUCAUGUUUUACGAACGCAGGAAAUUUAAAUUACAUAACUUUUUACCAUACUACUAUUCGAUAAAAGGUAAAUGUAAAGAUGGAUUCAUGUAUGUUUUAUAUAUCAAUGGAGGACAUCCGCCAUGGACAAUAUAUGAUUACAUAAAAUUUAUGUGUGGCAGAGUAGUAAAAGGAGCUGGCCUCUUUCCUUGGGUAUUAUUAAAUGUGAACAAGGCAAUUCAGUGGAUAUGGAAGAGAAAAAGUAGUCAGCAGCAUGAUGAACUCUAGCAGAAGCAUAAUUAGUCUACAAGUACCCAUGUUUUGGUAAUUUCCGACUUGAUUCAUGAAAGAUGUGCAAAAAUUGUUGACAAUAUCUCUUUUAACAACGGUGACACCAUCGAAUACGUCUUGCAUUUAAUUUCAUUGACUUUUUGUGUUAUGUAAUUCAACAAUAGAUUUCUGCAAACCAGUCUCAUAGUACCUGUAAUAACCAUUAAUUAAAAAUGGAAACGUAA